AUGCCGCCCUGGCUCUCACCGCUCUUCUUCCUCUUUGCACGUUCCGAUGAAGAACAGCUCCGGCGGCAGGUCCUUUUCUUGAGGGCGGAGCUAGAGAUGACCCGACAACGGGUCGAGAAGCAGCGGCUCUUUCUGACGAACGAAGAACGCCAGCGGCUUCUAGAACUGGGCGACGGGCUCGGGUCGGAUGUGUUGCGGCUGGUUUCCAUCGUGCACCCGCGAACGUACCGCCGCUGGCUGGAGCGGAGAAGCCAGGGUAAACCGCCCGCCAAGAAGAUGGGCCGUAAGGGAACGUCGGAGACGAUCCGCCAGAUCGUCGUGCGGCUCGCCCGUGAGAAUGGCUGGGGUUACGGCCGGAUUGUCGGCGAGCUGCGAAAAUUGCGCAUCCGCUGCGUCGGUCGCACGACGGUCCGCACAAUCCUCAAGGAGGAGGGGGUCCAUCCAAGCCCCAAGCGUGGACCCGGGACCUGGGACGACUUCAUCAAGAUCCACGCCGACACGCUGUGGCAAUGCGACUUCUUCUCGAAGAUGGUCGUCACUAGCAGCGGACUGCGGCAGGCGUAUGUGCUGGCGUUCCUGCACGUUAAUUCGCGAAGGGUCAUCUGCUCCCCGGCGACGCUCAAGCCGGACGACAAGUGGGUGACAGCCCAGGCCGAGUCGAUGCUGCAGCAGGCCCGGUCGAUGGAGUUGCCCGUUCGCUACUUGGUGCGGGACCUCGACUUUAAAUACUCCAGACGGUUCGACCGUGUCUUCGCAGAAGCGGGCGUUGCGGUCGAACCGACGGCGCCGCGGGCCCCGAAUCAGAACGCGUUCGUCGAGCGCUGGGUAGGAUCGAUCAAGUCCGAGUGCCUCAACCGCUUUAUCGCGUUCGGCCUCGUCCAUCUGGACCAUCUC